AUGUCCAUCCUGCGUCGAAACGACAGAUCUCCCUCCGCGGGAGUUAGCGAAUCCUCAAGUCCUGACUUUAUAUCACAUACACCAAGGUCCUUGUCCUCGAGCAAACAACAACAGCAACAACAACAAGUGCGUCACCGGGCCUCAGUUGCCUGCGCCUCCUGCCGGGAAAGGCGGAUACGUUGUGUAGUGCCCGACGGAGAGUCCGGGUGCACACAGUGUAAGAAGACCGGAGCAGAGUGUAUCAUAAGAAACGAUGACGAGAGGCGAAGGCCUAUAUCCAAAGCAUACAUGUCGUCCCUAUCCAACCGCAUCACUCUCCUGGAGGAGAUGCUGAGAGAGAGAGGCGUUGCCCCUCCUCCAGCCGUCCAUCCUCCAAAGACGAGACAAGAAGCCAAAGAGAUGCAGGAGCACGAACAACACGAUGUCCGGUUCCGCGAAGACUUUGAGACUCCUGGCCCGAACCAGGCCAACUCUUCCAUGGCGGCCGAUACCCCUUCCCCACCGAAAUUCAGCGUGGAAGAGACACAGACAGAUCCCGUUGGCGACGACAACAACAAUAAGCAAACAUCCGAAGCAGCACCAAGCAACGAUUCUACACUUUUCCCCGAGUUCACCUCCCAAUGGAAUGGCGACGUACGCCAGUUCUUGGGCGUAAAGAGCAGGUUCUCUGUCAUGUCAGGGAGGCUUCAGUACUUUGGUUCUACGGCCAGCAGCCACGUUCACGCCCAAAACACCUCGCAGCCUAGCCCGCCAACAAUAGAUCACGCAAGUCGUGUCGAGCGCGUCAUCAGAAUCCUUGGCUCGUCCACCCAUGACCACCUUAUGAGCUGCUUCUGGGUUCAUUACAACCCCACGGUUCAAGUUGUGGACCGCGAGAUAUUCGACUCUGGCCGGAAGAGCCAGAACCCGAGGCAUUACUCGGUUUUCCUUCAUAUCACGAUGCUUGCUGCCGGGUACAGGUUUGCGGAGCGAAGCAGAGAGGACGUCAAGCGGUUGAUACUUGGGAACUGGGAAAGCACGUUCCAUCGGGAGUCCAAGUCCAUGCUGGAUGCCGAACUGGAGAGACCAGGUGGAAUACCGAGCACCCAGGCGCUCCUCAUCCUCGCCGACCUUGAGUUUGGCGCUGGCAGGGAUUCAACGGGUUGGAUGUAUUCUGGUAUGGCGAACCGGCUGGCCAUCGACAUUGGAUUGCACGUAACCGUGCCAAAAAGCGGCAGCGAGGUUCUUCGGGCCGAGGAGCCACUACGUCGGCGGGUCAUGACGGCGUGUGUCUUGUUCGACAGAUAUUGGGCACUUCUACUCGGCCGUUCCCCAAGCAUUCGGCAUCGCGACAUUGGUAUCGAGUUAGGGCUCAAGCCGACAAAGGGUACGGCCAUGCCGACCGCAUCACCGACGAUCCCAUUUGAUAUGGUGACGUCCCAGUCACCUGAGAUCUCUCUACACCAACAUCUACUCGAGCUCAUGAGCAUAGCGGCCAAGAUCCUGGAGUUGCAGAACCAACACGAGUAUGCCGAGUCGUUUGCAAACAACAAAUCAGGAGAGGAGGCCUACCAGCGAUUGUUUGCACUGGACAGAAAACUGCAAGCCUGGUAUCGCCGCUUACCAGACUUCUUGGCUUGGAAGCCCGCCAACAUUCAAGCAGCGCCUGUUGGGUUCUUCAUGCUCCAUCAACAAUUCCAUACUUGCAUGAUUCUGCUUCACAGGCCCUGGGCAAUGUACGACAAUGAAGACGGAUCGAAUCCUGUCAUGUCGUUUGGUCAGUCCCCCAGGUCGCUCCCGGGCAUCAGCCAUCACCAUCGGGUUGCAAUUGCUCGCAGGAUGUGUACGCAGCACGCCAUCCGCGUCGCCCGCAUCUUCUGGCACCACCGUCUCCGAUUCGACGGCAGGAAACUGCCCAUCUUCGCUAUCCAGCAGGCGGGUACGUCGGCGAUUGCUCUGAUGGCAGCCCUCAUGAACCGGACCACCGAGGUUGACCAGCAGAGCAACCUGCGAUACCUCCAAGUCUUGUCUGCGGCAAUUUACGACAUGUGCUACAUCUACCAGCCGGCAGCGAGGAUGUAUCGCCUGCUUAAGUCGAUGCUGGUAGACAUUCGCAACGAGGUUGUUACGGGCGUUAGCGGUGUCCACGCUCAGUCGAGGACUUCACCAGAAGUGACAGCGUCGGUGCCUCCUCCGUUUCUUCAAUAUACUCAUCAGAGGAGCUACAGUACUCCCCUUGUCGGCCUGAACUUUGGCGCUCCCGACUGGGCUACCCGGGGCACUUCGCUAUCCGGUGGUGGGGGAGACACUCAUGGCUACUCGCAGUUCCCUGGUCGACAACAACCGGAGAAUGACUUGUUUGGGGAAAACAAACAGCCUCCUUCAAAGAGGCAGAGGUGUAGCGGCCCGAGUCGAAGAACAUCCGACUUUGGUGGCUGCCUUACUCCUUCACUCUUCAAUAUUGGCGGUUAUGGUGGCAUAUCGUCGUAUCCUACACCACCCUUGACUUCUCCUCGAGAUUCCGGAGAGGGACUUGGCCAAGGCGGGCAGGCUAAGGAUAAUGACACAUCGAUUCCGGAUGCGUACACUGACGAUAACGCCCUCUUCGACUUCGACUUUUUGGAAUCCACGGCGCUUGAUACGGUAACGGAAGAGCCAAACGAGGAGCAACAUGGAGUCGAGGGGCCGAAUAAAGAGUAUGCCGAAACGGACUUUGCGUGCAGAGCUGCUAGCACACCAACUGUUUCUUCUCACAGUCAUCAGGAGGGCAGAGACGCCGCAGAAGAGAACGCAGAUAAGCUUGCUCCUUCAGACUGUGACGCCAACAAGGCUGCCGCCGAAGAAAGCACGGAUUUGGGAGCGCCAAGGGAUGAUCAGAGCAAGGCCUCCCCUGAAACCGCUCAGGAUCCCAAGGCCUCGGUCUCUGCCCCGGCCACAAGCACGGCUCCAGCCCAGGAAGAGGAUGCAGACAGCAACAUAAUCGAAGAAUGGCUUGCCGAGCCGUUGCCAUCCAUCACCACAACCUCGAGUACCAUCAACCCCGCCGCCCUCACAACCAUGACCAACACCGUCGCCCCGAUCCCAGCACUGACGACGAUGACAAGCCACCACCUAGCCAGGUUCCAACCAAUCAUCUCCCCCCAUCGUCAACAGCAGCAACACCCGAGCCCACCAUCCUAUAAAAGAGACGCCCGUCUAACCAAGCACGACCACCCGGACCUCUUCCCCCGCUUCAACAAGUCAGCUAUCAUCGACGCGUUGGUGGGGGCGGCGGGGAUCAACUUUGACUUGUCUCUUUGUCGAGAGGUGGAUGUUGAAGACCGGAAUUAUGAUAAUGAGCAUGAUGGUGAUGCUGGCGUUGUCAAUGAUAACGAUGGUGACAAGGAAAAUCAAAGGAGCACGGCUUCUGGCAGAGAUGGCAGCGAGAAGGGAGAGGGCCAGGGUCAAAGCCAGGGCCAGGGCCCAAGUCGUGGAUCAGCAGCGCAUGGCGUCAGCUUGAGUGAUUUGCUGGGCAGCAUGGGAGGUCAUGGGGGUAAGAGGAGGAUGGAAGAGGUUGAAGGUGGUCAUGGAGCUGAUGCUGGUGCUGGACUCGGGUGUGGUUAUGCGAUUGUGACGAAUGCUGCGAAGCCGGCGAGGAAGGUGGAGUUGGAUUACUUCCGGUUGUGA